CCCCGCCCCCACCCACCGCGCGGUGACGUCACGUGACGUCUCGGCCCCGUGACCCGCGCCGCCAUCUCUGCCCCAGCGAGACGCGGCCCGGACCCACACAGACUCCGCCAUGACUUCCCGCAAGAAGGUUUUGCUCAAGGUGAUCAUUCUCGGAGACUCUGGGGUGGGGAAGACGUCGCUCAUGAACCAGUACGUGAACAAGAAAUUCAGCAACCAGUACAAAGCGACCAUCGGCGCGGACUUCCUCACCAAGGAAGUGAUGGUGGAUGACCGGCUCGUCACCAUGCAGAUCUGGGACACGGCAGGGCAGGAGCGGUUCCAGUCGCUGGGCGUGGCGUUCUACCGCGGCGCCGACUGUUGUGUGCUGGUGUUCGACGUGACGCAGCCCGGCACGUUCAAGACGCUGGACAGCUGGCGCGACGAGUUCCUCAUCCAGGCGUCGCCACGCGACCCUGAGAACUUCCCCUUCGUGGUGCUCGGCAACAAGAUCGACAUGGAGAACAGACAGGUCCCGACGAAGCGCGCCCAGACCUGGUGUCAGAACAAGAACGACGUCCCCUACUUUGAGACGAGCGCCAAGGAGGCAAUCAACGUGGAGCAGGCCUUCCAGACCAUCGCUCGCAACGCGCUCAAACAGGAGACGGAGGUGGAGCUGUAUAACGAGUUUCCCGAUCAGAUCAAGUUGACCAACAACGACAAACCAAAAUCCAGCAGCUGCUGCUAGAGUGGGGCUUGCUGCUCACGGUUCACUCGCCGAUAACGCACCGCUCACUCACCGCUCACUCACGACUCACUCACGACUCACCGCUCACUCACGACUCACGGCUCACUCACGGCUCACUCACGGCUCACUCACGGCUCACUCACGGCUCACUCACGGCUCACUCAGCCCUCACGCAAGGCUCACUCACCGCUCACUCAGCCCUCACGCACGACUCACUCAGCGCUCACGGCUCGCUCACGGCUCGCUCACGGCUCGCUCACGGCUCGCUCACGGCUCGCUCACGGCUCACUCACGGCUCACUCAGCGCUCAGGCACGGCUCGCACACAUCCACCCAGCCUUCGUCGCACCUCUCACUCACAUCGCACCGAGCUCUCACUCAAAGCUCCAUCACCACAGCUCUAAGAACACCGACUCACACCCAUCUCCUCCACCUCGUACACACAAAGAGCUCACACACACACGCCUAGCAUCACGCACACACAGUACACAGACACUAGUGCACAAGCCUCGUCGCCUGUCAAUUCACACACCCUGCUAACACACGCUUGGUAGCAUGCUCUCACACACAUCCUUGUUAACAUUCACACGCUCGCACACGCCGCGUCGCAGGGUGUAACGCACACGCACUUGGCGCUUGCACAUCUCCCCCCUCACCCCCCACGUGGGGGGAGGUGGGGGGCAAGGGGAGUUUGAAUAACAUUAUAAAUACAAUACUAACGUCGCCCCUCGCGUAGUCCCCCGUGUCGCCCCGCAUAAUUCCCUAUGUUAUCCUUCGAGUCCCCCCCCGUGUCGCCCCACCAAGAGUCGGUCCCUGUCGUUCCUCGCAUAGCCCCCUGUUGGCACCCCACCAAAUCAUCCCUGUGUUUAGCCUUUAGUCCCUUGUGUCAACCCACCAAGAGGCGGUCCCUGUUGCCUCGCGCAGAGCCCCUUUGUGUCACCCUACCAAAUCGAUCCUUGUGUUGCCCCUUGCAUAGUCUCCUGCGUCGCCCACACCCACCUUACCAAUAUUCACGGAGUUAUGGGGGGCAGAAGUUGAAACGGAUAAUUGGAGGACAAGUUUGCUUGUAGAGUUAUAGAACUGCCUUUGCUUUGCUCUCCCCUAACUCUCCCACCUUGCCUCUCUUCACCCUCUUUUCCCCCUUGCUCUCAUCUCUCCCUGCCCCCCACCACCCACUCCCGGGGGCUGUGGUGUCGGGAUCACAAGGGGGGGUCUUAAUUUAGGACCCCUUGGCACCCCCUGUAAGACCCCAAGCUCCUUGUGUUAUGUCUAUCCCCAGUACCCCAGAUUUCCUGGUUCUCCGAAGUUCGGCCGGACAGAUUCUCUUGGUGAUGACCGCCUCUCACUGGAACCACAGACAAUUAGACAACAUUGGUGUAUGGGUCAUGAGCCCUGAAAGAGCAGAGAGGGGGGGUAAAGAGGGAACCGAAGGUUGGGGGCGGGGAGUUAGUGGUUAUCCCUUUGAUCCCGUCUCCCACCCCUGUUCCCUAUGACGCUGCACUGCCCUGACCCCCUUUGCUGCACCGCUGCCCCCCUCCUGUGCCUGUAUCCCCCGCUACACCCCACCCUCUCCGCCGUUACCACCCCCUGGGUCUCGGUCUGUCUCUCAACAUCUCUCCUCUUCUCGCUCGGUUUCCCUUCCUGCCCCUCUUCUUCCUCUUCGUCUCUCCUCCUCCUCCCUCCGUCACCACCACCGGUGUCUGGACAUACGUUUCUCUUUCAAAUGAUGAGUCAAAAUCCAGGGGAGGAAUUUCAAUUAUGAUGGUGGUGGAGUUGGUGGUGGUGGAGUUGGUGGUGGAGCAGGUUGUGGUAAUUUUUUGUUAUUUUAAAUUUCUUGUUUUCUUUGCAAGCUAUUACCUGUGGCAUGACUAUGAUGAUGAUGACGAUGAUGAUUAUUGUUGUAAAAAAAAAACCCCAAUAUAUCCCGUAUAGAGAUGA